AUGACACUCUCGCCAGAUUACAGCCACCAGAAACGGUUCUACUACAACCAGACCCUGGUCACGUGGUCAGAGGCGGAGGCAGAGUGCCAGGCCAUGAAUGGAACUCUGGCCACAAUAGACGAUGCUGGCACUAUGAGGGAACUCAACCUGAACAUACAAGCCCAGGUCUGGGUGGGUCUCACGUUUAACCGUAACGUCGAGGUGUCCCCGCUGACGUGGGUGGACGGGAGUCACGUGACCUACGACAACUGGCUCGACACCCGAUGGUCGCCUGACGUCGUGUGUACAGCGGUCGAGACGAUGGUCCCCUUCUUCUGGUCCAUGCUCGACUGUUCAGCGACUAAUCCGUUUUUAUGCCAGGUAGAAACAGACGAACCGUGCCGAUUUGACGUCAUCGUAGGCAGCAGUCUGACGUCAAUGAACAGCUUCUCACUGACUGAGAUCGAGCUGGAGGAGUGCCAGAGGUACUGUCUGCAGAACUAUCGUCUGGUCUGCCGCUCGUUCGGCUACAACGUCAAGAGGCGCUACUGUCAGUUCUCGGAGUCUAACAGGUGGAUCAAUCCAGCCCUGUUCACCACAUACGACCCAGAGUGGGACUACUACGGCAAAGUUUGUUUUAAAGGUUCUCUAAGCUCCCAGUACGAUACUACAACGCCAAAUGAUAACAUGAUGACAGAUGGACUGGAAGAAACCACAAACGGAGCUUUACCAACCACGGAUACGCCCACGCAAACAACAGACACGCCCAUUCAAACCACAGACACGCCCACACAAACCACAGACACGCCCACACAAACCACGGACACGCCCACACAAACCACACACACUUCCACACAAACCACGGACACGCCCACACAAACCACGGACACGCCCACAACAAACACGGAAAAGCCCACCCAAUGGACGAACACGCCCACACAAACAACGGCUACAGCCAUACAAACCACAGAUAGAUCAGAAAAAGAGCGUCAGACAACGGAGCUAAACCACAACACAUCCACCUCAGAUGUCCGGGACGUUGAUUCUGGCUACAAAGUCAUCGGCGAGUACCUGUGUCGCCCUCUGGUUUCUAUGGAAACCCUUCAAAACCAAACAAAGGAAGUACAAGAACAAGUUCAAGAACUUGGGGACAUGGGGACCAAAGCCAAGGAAAAGUCCCGAGAGGCCACAAAGAUCAGCAUCCCAGACGACAGACCCUCGUCCAUCUACAUCGGCGGCAUCACCCUCAUCAUCCUUACAUCUAUCAUCGCUGCCGUCAUCAUACUGGACAUCGUCACGUUCCUUCGAUACUGCAAGGGCUGCCAGAAGCCAAAGGCGCACAAAUACAAGCAACACAUAAAGCCGAACAUCGUGUUUGGGUCUCGCCCCAAGUCGUUGGCUGAAAGACUCCAGCUCGAGCAGACGACCCAACCGUCAUCAGCGGAGGACCACGCCCACCAAACGUCUGACACAGUGGCCUCCUCAGAUGCCGGUGACGUCAUUUCCUACAUCAGCGUCGACCUCCUGGACGACGCUCUCAGCUUGAAACCACAAAACCCAGCAGACGACACAACAGAGGAGACCAGAGCAGACGAGACCAGAGCAGACGAGAACCCAGACCCGUUCUGCUCCACGCUGCAGCAGUCGCCCUACAACCGGAGUUUCUCGUCAGAGAGAAACGUUCAGGACGACCAACGGGGGACGCGGACAUUUUUCCGUAACCACACCCUACCCCGCCUGCUGAAGCGGCAGUCUUUUUUUCAUGUGGUGGAGAACGUUCACCAGAUGACCCCACAGGUCACGACCUCUGGUUCACAACAGGACGUGCAUGACGCAAUAGACUUUGCUUGCGACUUUGAUCAAGGUUGACACUGCCUGGUUUUCUAAAUUUUUUGUACACGAUCUUUUCAGCUGUUCCGACGUCUUUCUGCUUUUAAAAUUGCAUUUGUUUUUCCAUUUUUGUAUAUUGAAAUCAUGCCCAUUCUUGUUGAGGCCCCAUAUGUAAUCAGGCCUAGGUUUGUUUAGGCCUCUUAUGUAAUCAAGCAUAGGUUUGUUGAGGCCCCAUAUGUAAUCAGGCAGUUUGUUGAGGCCCCAUAUGUAAUUAGGCCUAGGUUUGUUGAGGCCCCAUAUG